CACAAACAAUCGACACCCACACACAAAGCCACACUCACUCCACUCAUUUUUUCUUUGUUUUACAUUACAAAUUGAAAUUCGUCAAAUGCUGAAGAUUUUAGAUCUUUCUCGAUUCUUCCUUAAUCGAUCACCUUCUUCUUCCCUUUUAUCCGCAAAUUAUCUUCCAUUUGCAACUCUUCACUCAUCUCUCUCUCCUCGAAGCUUCUCGAUCAUGGCUUCCGCUUCUGCUGCUGAUGAAUUCGUCAAGGGCAACGUUCAUCCCAAUGGCGUCGCCGUCAUCACUCUUGAUCGUCCUAAAGCUCUAAACGCCAUGAAUUUAGAUAUGGACAUUAAGUACAAAAGCUUCCUUGAUCAAUGGGAAGAAGAUCCAAGAGUGAAAUGUGUUCUAAUUGAGGGUAGUGCACCUCGAGCAUUUUGUGCUGGAAUGGAUAUUAAAGGUGUUGUUGCCGAAAUUCAGAAGGAUAAAAGUGGUGAUGUGAAGCAGAUCAUUACAAAAAACAAAUUAGCAGAUGUGAUUGAGAUAUUCACUGCAGAGUAUACUUUGAUAUGCAAGAUAUCUGAGUACAAAAAGCCUUACAUCAGUUUAAUGGAUGGCAUAACUAUGGGUUUUGGUAUUGGGUUAUCUGGACAUGGCCGUUACCGCAUUGUGACAGAGAAAACUCUUCUUGCUAUGCCAGAAAAUGGCAUUGGUUUGUUUCCUGAUGUGGGGUUCUCAUACAUAGCUGCAAAAAGUCCUGGAGAAGGAUCAGUUGGUGCUUAUCUUGGGAUGACUGGUAAAAGAAUAUCUAAUCCAGCUGAUGCUUUAUAUGUUGGCCUGGGAACGCACUAUGUGCCUUCAGGAAACCUUGGUUCCUUGAAGGAAUCAUUGUUGGCGUCUACAUUUUCAGAGGAUCCUGACCAGGACAUAGCGACACUAGUGUCAAAAUACAGCUCCCAGCCAGAGUCUGAGCCACAGCUGAAGGCACUCUUGCCCCAUAUUACUUCUACCUUUGAUGCAAACAAGUCAAUCAGUGAGAUAAUUGAAGAAUUAAAAAAGCAUCAACAAAGCUCUGAUGGCGUAGUGGCUGGAUGGGCCAAGGAGGCCUUGGAAGGGCUUGGCAAAGGAGCUCCAUUCUCUCUCAGCUUAACGCAAAAAUACUUUGCUAAAGUUGCAUCAGGCCUCAGAAGUAACGAUGCUAAUUUAUCAAAAUUGAGUGGAGUGAUGAAACUGGAGUAUAGAAUUGCUCUUAGAUCUUCUCUGAGAGAAGACUUUGCUGAAGGUGUCCGUGCCGUCUUGGUUGACAAGGAUCAGAAUCCAAAGUGGAAGCCACCUAGUGUUGAGGAAGUCAAUGCACAAGAAGUGGAGACCCUUUUUGAGCCAUUGGAGCCGAGCGCUGAAGAAUUGAAGGUCUAAUUGGAAGCUCCAUUAAGUCAUUAGGUGUCUAAGCUGUGUGAUUUAGAAUAACUCAUCUUUUUAAAAUCCAUAUGAGGCACAUUUGUAACUCUGAUAAUCGAUCCAGGUUAAUGAAUAAACGAACAGCAUUUGUCAAAAACAGGAAUUAUAUAUCCUUCUGUAAUAUGAAUUCUGAGUCCAAUUUGCACUAUCAUUUUCAGGGAUUUGCAUUGUUGUGAACGAUGAGAGUAUAUGAAGUUUUUGUAUGCACUAUUUUCGAUUUAUCACAGUAACAUUUAAGUAGUUGCCAA